AGGACAUUCGGCCUAAGAUUUUGCCUUGAGUGGUUAGAAGUUUCAACCUUCACAAAGUAUUUUCAAGUUGCGUUUACACAAAGUAUCGAGAGCUAUCAGGACAUUUGACAAAGAUGGAUGUGACAAAUGAACCUGAAACCCAAGGUUUCAAAGAAGUAAAGAAGAAAUCAAACCCUGUUGAUCCUAGUAUUCAGUGCUUGUAUUCAAGAAAGGUAUGCAAAAGGAAAAGGCUGAGAGGAUUUGACUUCUGCCACAAGCAUAUUCUUGAGGACAAAAAUAGCCCAUUUCAGCAAUGCAGCUUUAUAAUAAAGUCAACAGAAGAGAGAUGUGUAAAUCCAGCACCCAAAGCUGAGAAUAAAAAGACGUUUUGUUUAAUUCACACAAGAGACCCAAAGUUAAAAAAGGCACAUGAUGAAAUAAUGAGGAGAAAUUUGAAGCGCAAGUUGGACCAGAAAAAAGCUACAGCAGAAGCUAAAAGGUUUGCAACUCAGAGCUCCUCAUCUGUGAGCACCCAGAAUUAUGGUGCAGAAUCAAAGAAUUUCAGAGAUCCAGAGACAGAUCAACUUUCAGGACUGGAAAUGCGAGAAACAGAUGGGAUCUAUGCACUCGAGGAUAAUGGCAAAGCGCGAUAUGAUGUUGCUUGGUUUGGUGAGAAUGACAGUGAUGCAGAGUCUGUAGACAGUGAGGAAGAAGAUCCUUUACGGCAUGCCGGUGUUUGGACUUUGGAAGAAGCUCUACGGAUGUGUAGAGACAAAAUGAUUCGUAAGCGAAGCUUGUAUUUGGAGCAGUAUAAGCGGCUGCAUAUUCUAUUGAAAGAAAGGCGGCGACGCUAUUUAAUGCGAAUGGCUGCAUCAUCAUACCAAGCCGAUCCAAGCAACAGUGAAGAUAACCCAAGUGAAGAAAAACUGUCUCUGUCAGAGGAAAGAGCCCUGCGGUUGUAUCAACAUACAAAUGGCACAGAACUGUUGCUUGAAAGACAAGCUAAAGAAAAACGAUCUCGUGCAACACCUGGUUCGAAAAUAAUACCACAAAACCGCUGUCACCAUAUGGCUAAUUCAGAAAGAUGUCAACAUAAGAUUCUUCCAUUUUCAAAGUUUUGCUUACAACAUAUAUGUUUUGAUCCAGAUCAACGAUUAUACAAAAAAUGUACAUUUGAAACAGCUGCCUCAAGCUCAGCCUGCGCAGUGCCAGUGCCUCAGACGUUCAGAAGCACGACUUGCAACCUCCAUGCAGACAUUCUUCCUCGGUUUUCUUCAGAAUCAUUGACCAAUAUCAUCAACCCAUGUCCCAAUCGAAGUGAAAACAGUGAAGAGAACGAAGAAGAAAAAGACGAAGAGGCGUCUAAAGAUAAUGUGGAAUGCCCAGGUGAGAGUGAAGGUAGAAAAGCUGAAACUGAUAACAAAAAUACUGGACUGGAGGAUAACUCUUUCAAUGAAAAUGGUGAAGGAACUGUUUGUGGCUUCUCUAAUGACCGACGCGACUUGCAAACAAUGAAUAAAAACGAUAAAGAAACUCCUAUGGAGGUUGACAUCAAUGAAGGAACGAAGGAUGGUCUCGAAAAGUCAGGAAGUAAAGAUUCGAGUGCGAUUUCGGAUAAAGUUUUGAAGGGAGAGCAGGAGAAAAACAAUGGUACCGCAGAGAGCAAGGACGGGAGGGGGAGAGACGAGGAUUUUGAAACUGGAGUUUCUGGUAAGGACGCAAAACUCCCAAAAAAAGAAAACCUGCCAAGCGAUUUGCUCGUUACUGGAGACUCGAAGACAAAGGGUGAGACUAGUAAAGAAUCACAGAAUCUAGAAGCAGGAAGUUAUUCGCAGGCACCUGCUGGGUGCCUUAAGGAAGAUGAGGAAAAGCGAGAGAUAAAAGAAGAGGGCAAAAGUACACUUGAUGUUUAUAGUGAUAGUCCUAAAUCAAAGGCAUUUGACACGAGUCAGCAUAAAGAGUAAAUCAUGAAGUGACAUGCUUAUUGUCAGUUUAGCUAUAAAUUAGUCAUGGUAUUGUGAAUUGAAUAUAAUGUUUUGAUAUGUCGAUCUCUUCUUACUAUUUCUGGAAAUGUCUAUAA